UUUAUCUGAAAAUUUGUGACUGAGCGAGCGAAUUACUCCAUAAUCGGUACCAGUACAUACAGUUGGGCGUUGUCAUGACCAUGAACUUGGAGAAUUGGUGCAAUUGACUGCGCAUGCUCAGAUUAAUUCUCAAUUAAUUUGUGACUGAGAGAGAUCUGAAAUCGGUGCUUGUAUAUGCGCUUGGCAAAGUUUCAAUCAUGUAUUUUUGUCACGCUCUUUGUCUUCUUAAGCAUGUUUUGACAAAUGCAUAUCAAAUUCAUCAACACUUUGUUACGCCAUUCGUAAUUUCUGUGACAAUCUUGGACAUGUUUUUAUUUUUCUCCAUAACUUUGUAUCUACAUAUUUUGUGCAUAAACAAUGCUCUAAUAUUUAUGACAGAUAUUAUAAUUCGUGGAUUGAGGUAGAAGAUAUACUAGAAAAUAAAACUUCCAACACUGAAACAAAAUCAAGCAUGACAAAGGAGAAACAACGACGGAAGACUGAAAGAAGCUUGAUGGAAUUGAACGUAACUGAAGCACAUAGCGUGCGCUCAAUAAGAACUCGUGGACCAAUAAAAACAUGAAUGAUUCCAAGCAUGUUGACGACUAUAAAAGCUCUAGCGAGGACGAGGUUCUAAUACAAAAACAAUCGAUUAAUAACACCGAGUCUUCUGAAAAUAUGUUCAAAAGAACUACCGAUGAACACAUGUACAGUUUGUAAGCUCUUUGGCUCACGUGAUAUGAUGUUGCUGAAGAUAUGUAAAAAUAUCUACCAGCGUCUUUCCUUUUGGACGAGGAAUCUGAUUUCGAAAGUGAAGAGGAAGAAAUCACCACAAGAGAUUUGCACGAAGAUUCAAAGUGUACUCUGCAAACUUUGUGUAUACAGAUGGAGUUUUGUGAGAAGAGUACUCUAAGGAAUGUUAUUGACGAGGGACAGUACAAAGACGAACAGAGAAUGUGGCGGUUUCUCCGGAGAUUGUAGAAGGAUUAGUUCACGUUCAUUCACAGGGAGAAACUUUCGAUUAUUGUAUGUGCUAACUGUAUAUAUGUGUAGCUAAAUAUGAAAAAAGUGUGAACAAUUUUUGUUAUGCUUAAUAAAUAUCUAUGAAGACUUAUUAUUUGCUAUUUUUCUCUAAUAAUUGCCAAAAGGGAAUUAUUCAAGUAAACGCGUUUGGACAUUUUUGGUUUUCCAUUAUUAUAUUUUCAGGUGUUUUCUUUAGAAAGUCAACUAAUAUAAAGGAAAAAGAGUUUGAUCUUUGAAUAAAUUGAAAAGCUCGUUUUGGACUUCUAAGUUCCUUUUCAUUGAAUCGCAGUGAAUAUUUUAAAAUUUCAUCUGGCAACACUGGCGGGAAACUAAAAUAUAUAAACAUACUUUAGUUUGGGCAUAAUGGCAACAACUCGAAAGAUUUCCAAAAAAAAGAGCGCAAAUAGUUUUAUUGAUAAAGACAAACUUUGUUCAGAAUUGAGGAAAUGGGCUGUGGAUGAGAUGUGCUUUCGUCCACAAGGUCGACACGUAAAUACACGCAUACCAAAUGCUGAAGAAUUUAAAACGAUCUGCCGAGGUUCGCUUACACAAAUGUGGUUGUAUUCAAUUCAACAUGUUUACUCAAUUCAGAAUGUCCUGAGAAUAAAGGAGAACAUUAAACUGUAUCUUUUGGAUUUUUUAAUCCAUUGAAAGCAUAGAGUACGCAAAGUAUUCAAACUUGUGAUUUUUGAGUAGGUCUAGAACAGCGUUUUGCUCAUUGUCGAUUAUGUCUCUUUAACCUCACCGCAAAGUUAUUCGUUACUUCAAAAGAAAAAUGAUGUUGAUCUUUUAAAAGAGAAGAAAAACAAGUGUAAAGAUGUUUUGAAAAGAGUGAUUGAUUUAGAGGAUAAAAUUAAUCAUGUUGAUAGAGAUAUCACACAACAUGAAAAUGAAACAUUGUCAAUUUCAGAUCAAUCUUUUAUUAAAUUACAAGAGCUUGACAAACGUUGCAUACUUCUGUCAUCUUAUUACAAGAAAAGUGUGGAAAAAGUAAAAGUUUUGGACGAAUUUCGUCGCAGGAUUGAAGGACGCAUUUUACAACAGAACGAUCUGAAACGAAAGACAGGUAAAGACAGUAACUACUUUAUGAGAAAAAUUCCUCAGAAUAAUGUUACUGAAAAAGAAUGGGAUCAACAUAGUUUUGUUGGCUUGGAAUCUGCUUGUUCUCGAAACGUUAGAGAGACCUGUGAGGCUAUUGGAUCAUUUUUACAUCAUCUUCACGAUAUUAAAAUGGAAGAAGAAAAAGUUGAAGCAAAAAAUUCUAUUGAAAAUACCAAAGCGAAUUUGUGGACCUCUAUUGAGACAAUUGCAUCCAGCAUUCACCCUCUGAUGUAUUUGGAUCAUUGACGAAAACUGUUUUGGAUUCUUCAACCAAUCUUGAAGAAUUAACAUCCAGAAUUGAUAUCAGGAAAGACGCGAAGCAACUGAAGUUUAGGUACGAAAAUGCUGGGCAACUAUCAGAUACAUCAUCUCCAACACCUCUCUAUAUUAGUGUGCACCAACUUAUUGAGGAAGGUCAAUCUGCGCACAUGGAGAACUUUGUUUUAGCUGAAAAGUCAAAAAAUCAAUUACAUAAAGGGCAAUUGCUAUUGAAGACGUUUAAUGAAAAAAUCGAGACAAGACAACAAGCUUUAUAUGGAAAUAAUUUGGACUCCUUAAGAAUCGCGCAGCAACUCUAUAAGACAGAACUUGAAUUUGUUGCGUCCAAAGCAGUUUUGGAUUGUUUGGAAAGGGAAUCUCAAACACUUGAAAAAACAAGAUUGGAGAAACAAUCCCAGCUGGAUACUUUGUAUGCAAAAUAUCGAAAGAUACAAGAUUUUGAAAAAAUAGUGCAAGAGAAACAGAAUAUGAUACAAAUCUUAGUAAAGCAUAAUUCAGAUGCCAAAAGUAAACUUAAUCAACAACAAACUGAGAUUUUAAAAACAUCUCAGGACAAGGUCUGUUCCCACGAAAGUGAAAUAAAAGCUACAGUAUCAUGUUUAAAAGACAGCAUUUCCAAAGAAGUAACAUCGUUUGUUUCUCUAUCUUUAUCUCAUAUGAUGUACUUGGAUAUUAAUGGUCGUGGCCGUGUUCCAGUGUCCCAAUUAGCGAUUAAUCCACUUAAUCAUGGUUUGAAUAUGAAUUCAACGAUGAAGAACAUUUUGGUGACCCUUGAUUUUCACGAUUUCAUGACAUCGGAUAUGCUUUUAUUAAAGACUGAUGAAAUAAAGACCCAGAUUAACAUGGAAAAGGAGCGUCUGAAAUACAACAAGGUCAUCUACAAUUCAUUAUCAAAAACGAAAGCAAUGAACGCAGUCAACGAUAAUCAUGCGAAAGAUCUUCAAAACGCUGUAAUAGAGCAACUUGAAACAGAGGACAAGCUAUUAUUACCAAAAAUACAAGAAAAUAUUUCAAAAACUACAAAAGCAUUGUCCGAGUGCAUUGUUGCCAUGGAAACUGUAAAUUCAUGGUGGGAACAACCUGCUCAGUACUUAGUGCCAUGGGAAACAGUGGAAGGUAUGAACAUGAGAAACUGGAAGGAUCAAUGGACGGUAAUGACAACACGCCUUCGACAAUUACAAACGAAGAAAUGAACAGUGUUAUCUAUUGGAAAUAAAGAUGUGGAGUUGCAGCAGCCAGACCACCUGAAAUUACACAAACACACGUGAUAAAUGAAUUAUGUCGAGAAUAUUAUCCACAGCUAUGCGAACAUUUUGCCUUCAAGUGAUAAAUCGGAGUAAGAAAUGAGGGACGUUAUUUUCAUGCUUUUCAAGACACUGCGUAUCAUGUUUUUAUCAUGACGUGAUGAACAUAGACGAAAACACGUCAUUCAAUUACGUAACAUUACAGUUGUAUGGGUUUAUUUUCAUCUCUUUUUAUGUUUACCAUCUUACCAACUACCACUCCCACCAACUUCCACUCUAUCAACUAUCAUCUCACCCACUACUGCCUUGCUCACUACCAUCCUGUUCACUACCACCCCACUUCCUUCCACCCUACCCACUACCACCUCCACCCACUUGCACCCUGCUUACUACGACCCCAACCACUUUUACCCUACCCACUAUCACUCUCCAACCGGAUGUAAAUAGACAUUCUGUAAGUCAAAAAAUAAUGGAGCUAAAUAUGAUUAUAUAAAAUUAA